CCUGGGGCGGAAAAGGCGCCCCUUUCAAUACCCACACCUCGUCUUCUCCUCCCUUCUCCCUCUUCCGCUGCUCGAUCUCCUUUUGGUUCUCGUCUCUAUCUCUUCUUUGAUAUGAAUCCAAGGGGAGAUUCGACUUCCGGAAGCGAUGGCGCUGCCGAGCCGAGGAGGAAGUCCAAGAAACCCAAAUAUUCAAGGUUUACACAACAAGAGCUUCCUGCUUGCAAACCAUUACUAACUCCAGCAAUUGUAGUAACAGCAUUUGCUUUCAUAGGAAUUAUCUUCAUUCCAAUUGGACUUCUCUCCUUGUCUGCAUCAGGACAAGUGGUUGAAAUUGUUUAUCAAUAUGACACAGACUGCAUUCCUGAGCAGUUGCAGAAUGACAAAGUUGCAUUCAUCCAAAGCAGCACGACUAACAAAACUUGUACCAGAACUUUAACUGUGCCAAAGAACAUGGAGGGUCCCGUUCAUAUUUAUUAUGAGCUUGACAACUUCUAUCAGAACCAUCGCAGGUAUGUUAAAAGCAGAAGUGAUAAGCAACUCCGAAGCAAGGCAAGUGAGACAGAAACAACUAAUUGUGCACCGGAAGCCACAACUUCAGAUGGGUCUGUGAUUGUUCCAUGUGGUCUCAUUGCAUGGAGCUUGUUCAAUGACACAUACUCAUUUGCAGUAAACAGUAAAAUCAUUGAGGUGAACAAAAAGAAUAUAGCCUGGCAAAGUGAUAAAGAACAUAAAUUUGGAAGUGAUGUUUAUCCCAAGAAUUUCCAGAUGGGAGGUCUGAUAGGAGGUGCCAAACUCAAUGCCAGCAUUCCUUUAAGUGAGCAAGAAGAUCUCAUUGUUUGGAUGAGAACAGCUGCUCUGCCAAGAUUCAGAAAACUCUAUGGGAGAAUUGAGACAGACCUUGCGGCUAAUGAGCAAGUCACAGUGACAAUACAGAACAACUAUAACACAUAUAGUUUUGAGGGGAAGAAAAACUUGGUACUUUCAACUACCUCCUGGAUAGGUGGCAAGAAUGAUUUCCUUGGUACUGCUUAUCUCACAAUUGGUAGUCUAUGCCUAUUUCUUGCUAUGGGCUUCAUAAUAUUGUAUUUGUUGAAACCCAGGACCCUCGGAGAUCCUUCAUACUUGUCUUGGAACAGGAAUCCCGAUGGACAUUAUUAGAUUCACGAGACAGUAAAAUUUAUGCAUGUGGAAGUGUUCUUUCAACUAAACAAGCGGUUAAUGUGCUUAAGGUCUGUUUUCCUUUUGUGAGUUACACUAAUGGAUUCUGUUAUCUCUAAUUGACCAAAUAAGUUCUUCGGAGAUUGAUGUCUAUUGUUUAGUUGAUAUAAUCCGAUUCCUAUAAUCAGAGGGAGUUUUCCCAAAAUACACUUGGCAAAACCACAUGCAUGAACAGUGUUUGUUCAUAUUCAGACACUUUGUAACUUUAGUUAAA